AUGCAUUUCGAUCCAUACCUCUCUCCUCCCCUCCCGUCCUCUCCUCCCUCCGCUUCGCCGACUCCGCCGCCCGUCUCCACCACAAUCGACUACAAAACCCUCGCCGCGCAGAAAGACCGAGUGAACGACUCCCUCCGCCUCAAGAACGCCAACCUCGAGCGCGCCCUCGCAGAAGUGAAAAAGGCCGACUCCCGACAAAAAUCCCUCCUCCCUCCUCACUCCUCCCUCCCUCCUCCCUCCCCCUCUCGACCACCUAGACGAGCGGGAGAAGCAGAACGGAGGGAAAGACGCCGUCAAAGCUUGGAUGAAGAAGAUGCGAAACUGGUGGCAUCCGGAUCAUGUGGGCACUAUGGCUGGCAAGGAGAGGAGGGGUGA